AGGAGAGGGUUCGUCGCUUGCUGGCGCUGCUAGUCGAGACAAGUUUCUUCUCACGUUCGCUCGGUGCUGUGUAGCCGCAUGUCUCGCUAGUGUUUGUGUGCUAGUGUGUCUGAGCGGAUCGUUUGCGUGCUGAGAUCGUUCUCAUUGUUGAAGGUAUAGGCGGCGUAUUGUGAAGCCGUCACUGCUGCCGCUGCCACUCGUGGCCACUAGUAACGCAACGAAACGACUGCUAUCGGCCCUCACACGGUGCAUGCAUGUUAGAUGUGCAAAAUAUGGGAAACCAAUAAAGUGAACCAUCAUCAGAGUUAGUGUUGAGUGAAUGAGAAAAGAGAAAAACCCUGAAGUCUGUGAAGUGUACGUGCCUUCGAAACGUCGCCCAGUUCGAUCGAUCAAUCGAUCAGUAAGUGAGUGAGUGAGUGAAGCGAAUAAGAAGCAGUUUAUGUGUGUUUCUGCUGUUGCACCAUUACGUUGCUUUGCAUCGCAAGUGGUCUGCUCGUGCCCGCGCCCUUUUGCAUUGCAUAACUCCCCGGCAAUCGGCGUACAGCUCUGUAACUGCGAGUUGGCUGUGCAUGUUCACCGUUAGAAGGGUGCGCUUUCGUGGGGGUUCUCUAUGCGUGCAUGAAAAUCGAUUGAUCGACUGCCGCCCAGGCAACGCCGUCGCCGCCGCCGCCGCCGCCACCUACUCUUCGUCAAACCGAGUGUGUCCGAGUGUGUCUGUGUUUGUUGUAGUGUCUCGUACGCGAGUGUCGAGGGUAGUAACUCCACACCUCAACCUCAACUUCGGAAAGCUGGUCCGCCAGAGUUUGUCGCUGCCAAUCGCAACCCGGUGCCCGGUAACCUAGGGUCAUUCGAAUCGAACGGCUCGGUGAACAUGAAGCUGUUCUACUACACGCUAGCUGGCCUAGCGUUGGCGGUGGCCAUAUGCGAUGCGAAAGCUUCCCAUAAGGUCACGUGUACCGAUGAGACGAUGCGGGUGGACAUUGCGCUACCCUCGAGCAACGUGUCCAACGAUCGCGUCUACCUCGAGGGUAUGAAGGGUUAUCCGAAUCCGCUGUGCCGGCCAACGAUAAUGGAAAAUCUGGCCACCUUCGAGCUGUCGCUGAAGAACAUCUACGAUUGUGGUGUGACGCGUGUGAUCAACCAUAUUACGGGUAACAAAGUGUUCUACCAUCGGAUUAUAGUGGAAGCGGAGGAUCAGAACACGGGCAGCAGUAAUAAGGAGGCAGUGAGCGUAAAAUGCAUCGUGGCCGGAAGUCCGGAAUUCAACGUGUCCCAUAGCAUCGUGAAACGAGACAUUCUGCCAGCGGGAUUCGCGGAAACAGAGGAUUUCAACGAAACCGAGAUCAUCACAAACGCCCCAGAACCAAAGCUGAGUAUGGCAAUCCGGUUGGGCGACAAGCUGGUGUCGGGCGAUCUGAACGUUAGCCCGGGUGCUCACCUGCAGAUGGAGAUUGCUCUCGAUGACAAAUCAGCCCCGAUCUAUGGCCUCGGUGUAAACUACAUGCUCGUCACGGACACCAAGAACCAGGCGGAAACGAUCAUCUUCAAUGGCUGUUCCGUGGAUCCGUUUCUGUUCGAAAACUUCAACACCGUCGAGGGUGAUGUGCUGGCGGCCAAAUUCCGGGCCUUUAAGUUUCCUGACUCGACCUAUGUCCAGUUUCAAAGCACGGUGAAUGUAUGCGUUGACCGGUGCAAGGGUGUGAUCUGUACCAACGGGCAGACCGCAUUCGGGCGUCGGAAGCGCCGUGAGAUCAGCCAAUCGCCCGCCGAUCCGAACAAGGUGUACGAAGUAACGAUGACAACCUUCAUCAAAGUGAACUACGACGAAAACGCGGACCAAAAUGCCGUCUCGGAGAUCGAUCAAAAGAUUCGCCAGCUUAAGCUCACCAACCAGAAGCUGGCACGUAACAGCCGGGCCGGCAAUGUGUUCGAGAGUAUCCACGAAGCACCGCGACCACAGAGCGGGGCGGGACAGGCGGAACCCAUUACCACACCUGCUGCUGCUGCUGCGCCCACCGCGGACAACGAGGACGCAAAGGUCGAAGAAACGAUCGUAUUCCGUGAGGUGAUCACGCGGAAGGAAGCUUCCUACAACAGUGACGAUGACGUUGCCAGUGGCAGCGAUCCAUCGUUCGGCCGGCGGAUGAGCUUUUCCCUCCAACUGUCCCUGCUGGCGCUGCUGGCCAGUGUGGUAUUCCAUUUCCGCCAUUGAAAAGAAUUCGAUUUCCAACGGUACAACGGGGCAGCGUAAAAACGGCGACAGUAGCCAGCAACUGAUCAGAGUAACGAGCGAACGAGCAUCUCCGGCAGGCAGACCCCGAUCCUGAAGUCUUUCGGCGUUCGAAUGCCUGUGGUUGGUUUUGGGGCCGGCAUUUAGGAGCUACCGGCAUGUACAUACAGCGAUGAUCGGAUCACGAUCAUCAUCUGCGAUCAGUGGCAGUCCGGUGGACUCCCCGAAGCAGCGUGACAGUGCGAGCGAGCAGGUUUUAGUUUUUAACAGUAGCUUUCUUAAAAAAAAAAACGGAAAUCAAUAUUAUGCCCCCUCAUUGAGUGCUUGGUAGUUUGUAGCUGACGACUUUCACUGAUUGUCGGCAGGACAGAGGACAAAUUAGAAGACUAAUCUAUGAAGGUUAACGGUAGCUGCCUCUCCGAACGGUAAGGAUUACAUGAGGUAGCCGAACUAACAUCGCACACGCAUUGGGUAGAGAGCCUGCUCAUAACUUUUACUUGAAUUAACGCUAGACACGCUAGACAGGUAGAACAGAUGCUAAAGAUACGAUGCAUUGCAAGGGUAGCUUGUAGUAAUGGCAGUUCAUCGAUGGCAGCGGUGCUGGCUCCAGCAAAGGAGCCGUUGUCGCAGACAGUACGGAUAAGAUUAUGCUAGUCUAAUUACGGAUAACAAAACGCGGCGAAGGAAGUACGCAAAUAUGGACUUUCGGAGUGUGGUGAGUAGCGAAACGAAGCGAAACACAUCGCCACCUUUCGGGGGCUGGCUCUAAAAGGGAUCAUGCGAUGAGUGGAUGAGAUUUGAAUUGGAGCAACGUCGCCAGUAGUAUAUGCUCAUGCUCUUCACUACCAAUCUCACCCGCUGAUCCUAACCCUGUGAAGAGGGUGGCUGAGGAGAUGGCAAUUAAUGAUUAAUCUACGUGAACAACAUUGUGACAAACACAUAAGACAAGCAAACACUAGUGUCAAUAAAUCUAACAAUAAAGAAAAGAACUA